AGAGAGAAGAAAAAAAUGGGAAAUGGUGAGAAUGGUCCAUUGUUUGAAACAAGAAGAGCAAACGGUCGAGUUCUGUAUAGGCUGUUUGCAGCUUCUGUGUUUGUGGGGAUAUGUUUGAUUUUGGGCUAUAGAGUAAGUCAGUUGCCAAAUGACCAAGAACAUGGGAAGUGGUUCUGGUUUGGCAUGUUUGCUGCUGAGCUCUGGUUUGGUUUCUACUGGGUCCUCACUCAGGCCAUGCGAUGGAACGUAGUUUACAGGGUUACCUUCAAAGAUAGGCUCUCUCAAAGAUAUGGAAAUGACUUGCCUGGAGUGGACAUAUUUGUGUGCACAGCAGACCCCAAGAUAGAGCCACCAAUGAUGGUGAUCAACACUGUUUUAUCAGUGAUGGCAUAUGAAUAUCCACCAGAGAAGCUGAGUGUGUAUCUCUCUGAUGAUGCUGGUUCUGACCUUACUUUCUAUGCUCUUUUGGAGGCCUCUCACUUCUCCAAACAUUGGAUACCUUUUUGCAAAAAGUUCAAAGUUGAGCCUAGGUCCCCAGCUGCUUAUUUUGCCUCACUCUCAGACUCCCAUGCUGCUAAUCCCUCCAAAGACCUCACAGCCAUCAAGAAACUAUAUGAAGACAUGGAGAAUAGGAUCCAAACUGCAACCAAGCUAGGUAGAAUCACUGAAGAUAUUGGCAUGAAACAUAGAGGAUUUUCUCAAUGGGAUUCAUACUCAUCUCGAGUUGAUCAUGACACCAUUCUUCAAAUAUUAAUAGAUGGAAGAGAUCCAGAGGCCAUUGACAUUGAAGGGUGUGCAUUGCCAACUUUGGUCUACUUGGCUCGUGAGAAGAGGCCUCAACAUUUCCAUAAUUAUAAAGCAGGAGCUAUGAAUGCACUGAUACGGGUGUCAUCGGAGAUUAGCAAUGGAGAGAUCAUUCUUAAUGUAGACUGUGAUAUGUACUCAAACUAUUCACAUUCUGUGAGAGAUGCUCUUUGCUUCUUCAUGGAUGAAGAAAAGGGCCAUGAGAUUGCUUAUGUGCAGUUUCCUCAGAACUUUGUAAAUAUCACCAAGAAUGACGUAUACAGUAGUUCACUAAAAGUAAUAAAUGAGGUGGAAUUUCAUGGUUUGGAUGGCUAUGGGGGCCCUCUUUAUAUUGGAACUGGCUGCUUCCAUAGAAGAGAGAUCAUCUGUGGAAGAAAAUUCUGUAAGGAAAAUAAAAUUGAAUUGAAGAGAAACAAAAAUGCAAAAAGGCAAGAAAGUGCACUUGAAUUAGAAGAAAAAGCAAAGGACCUUGCAGGUUGUACUUACGAAAAAAACACAAAAUGGGGAAGCGAGAUUGGUUUGCAAUACGGGUGUCCGGUUGAGGAUGUAAUAACAGGGCUAACAAUUCAAUGCAGAGGAUGGAAAUCUGCAUACUACAAUCCAGAAAGGAAAGCUUUCUUAGGCGUUGCACCGACCACAUUGCCUCAGACACUUGUGCAGCACAAGAGAUGGUCUGAAGGUGAUUUUCAGAUUUUGCUUUCCAAGUACAGCCCUGCUUGGUAUGCACAUGGAAGAAUCAGCCCAGGCCUUCAGUUGGCAUAUUGCUGCUAUUGCUUGUGGGCUUCCAACUGUUUCGCAACAUUUUAUUACUCCAUUGUUCCUUCACUUUGUCUUCUCAAAGGGGUGUCCUUGUUUCCACAGCUUUCAAGUCCAUGGAUUAUACCAUUUGCAUAUGUGAUAUUUGCAAGGUACGCUUACAGCCUAGUGGAAUUUCUGUGGUCUGGUGGCACAAUUCCUGGUUGGUGGAAUGACCAAAGAAUAUGGCUCUAUAAGAGAACAACCUCCUACUUUUUUGCCUUCAUUGACACCAUUUUGAAGUCACUAGGAUUUACUGAAUCAGCAUUUGUAGUCACAGCCAAAGUGGCCGAUGAAGAUGUUUCACAGCGAUACGAGAAAGAGAUGAUGGAAUUCGGAACCUCCUCUUCAAUGUUCACCGUAUUAGCAACUCUUGCAUUGCUCAAUUUAUUCUGCCUGAUUGGGGUGUUGAAGAAAGUGAUCAUAGAUCAGGGCUUAUUUAGCUUUUAUGAUACAAUGGUCUUGCAGAUUCUUCUCUGUGGUGCUUUAGUCCUCAUCAACUGGCCAUUGUACCAGGCCCUUUUCUUGAGGAAGGACAAUGGCAAGAUACCAAGCUCUUUAACUAUGAAAUUUAGGGCACUUGAGUUUUGUCUUGCUGUGCUUUUGGCACUUGUGUUAAACCCACAAGGUGUUUUUGGGAUUAGGUUUGUGAUUGAUAAGGAGGAAUGCUUUUCUCAUGAUGUGCAAUAUGAAGGUGAUACAGUCCAUGCUUCUUUUGUUGUCAUUAAGAGUGAUAAAUAUUGGUAUGGUGGAAGUGAAGGCGUCGAUCUUGUGGUGAAGGGGCCAAGUGGUGAUCAGAUUCAGGAUAUCCGGGGUAAAAUUAGUGAGAAAUUUAAUUUUGUGGCUCAUCACAAGGGUGUCCACCGUUUCUGCUUUAUUAACCAAUCUCCAUAUCAUGAAACUGUGGACUUUGAUGUGCAUGUUGGCCAUUUUUCGUACUAUGAUGAGCAUGCAAAAGAUGAACAUUUCAACCCCUUGUUAGAACAGAUAUCAAAACUGGAAGAAAUGCUUUACAACAUCCAAUUUGAACAGCAUUGGCUGGAAGCUGAGACUGAACGCCAGGCAAUAUUAAAUGAAGCAAUGAGCAAGAGGGCAGUUUACAAGGCAUUUUGUGAAUCCACAGCUCUUGUUGGUGCUAGUGUUCUCCAAGUCUACCUCCUUCGCCGUCUGUUCGAAAGGAAGCUCAGGAUCUCCAGAGUUUAGAUUUAGCAUCAGGCUCCAAACAUUCAGAGUUGCAGGAUUAAUUUAACUGUCGAGUCACUAAAUAGUAGGAUCAUAUAGCCUACUCUGUUGUUUCAUGGUUUUGGUUUUUGUUCUGUGAUUUCUCUGCAGGAAAAACAACACUUACAGAAACUAAAUUAUACUUUGUUUCAGUGGUGAUGAUGAAAUAUAUAUCCAUAUUUAUUCA